AUGUUUAGAUCUGUUAUCACUGGAGACAACUGCAUCUUCAUUGUCCAGAGCUGGUCUCUUACGUGCAAAGAGGAUGAAUUCUCCAUUCUUGUGUUUAUGGCUUCUGUCUAUUUCCUUGAGAAGCAUCAUACUUUUUCGAUGGGAAACAUUUUUGUUGAUGCUGAACAGGAAGAGAUUGAAAGUGUCAGUUAUGAGAAAUGCACUAAAGUGAAAUUGGGAGAACAUGAUCGUGGCUCCAAUGUUGAACCCUUCCAGGUCAAACUAGUUUCCAAGGUCAUCACCCAACCACUCUACAGCAUCACGACUAUCAACAAUGACAUUGCUCUGCUGAAACUGUCAUCUCCUGUCACAUUCACUCCCCGUAUCUCUCCUGUAUGUCUGGCUCCAUCAACCAUCAGCAUCCUGCCUGGAACCCGCUGCUUCACCACUGGCUGGGGCCAAACUGCCACCACAAGUACCCCUAUGAUCCUGCAGGAAACACGCAUCCCCAUCACAAGUCCUGCUGUGUGCAGGCAGAUCUGGGGUAAGAGCAUUAUCACUGAUGCCAUGAUCUGUGCUGGAGGAUCUGGAUCAUCAUCUUGCCAGGGUGAUUCUGGUGGUCCUCUGGUGUGUGAGCAUUCAGGGGUCUGGACUCUGGUGGGCUCUGUGUCCUGGGGAAGAAGCUCUUGUGACACCCGUUUCCCUGCCGUCUAUGCCCGCAUCUCCCAACUGCGCUCCUGGAUCGACACGGCUAUCGCUUCCAACUAG